GGGAAAAGAAAAAGAAGAAGAAGAAGCAGGAGAGGGGAAAAAACUCAGAAGAGCCUCUGACUUUUUUGGAGAUGGAUUUACAAAAUGUGAAAUCAUUUCUGUGAAGACUUGGGAACUUUUUUUUUAAGACGACAACCAUGACCAACCAGUGAAUUGUCAUCAAAGGGGAGAGAGAAAGAAGAGAGAGAGAAAAAAACAUCAACAAACAACAAACAAACAUCAACCUGCCCUGAAGCAACAGUCACACCAGCCUUUGGAACUUGGGAGCUGCUGCUUUGGUCUCCUCUGAAGGAGCGUGCCGUGAGAGACAGGAUCUCGCCGUGGUUGAGCCGUGGUUGCGCCGUGGUUUGCGCAUCGCUGGUGUGUGUUUUCCGCGCGGCGCUGAACCCCGGGCCGCAGCAUGCCUCGUGCCUGUGCAAGGUGCACGCCGGGAGUCUGACCCACCAUGUGCACAUGGAUGCCACCCUCCUCCGCCGCUCCUCUCCCGGCUCGUCCUGACCUCGUCGCUGGCGCUGCCCGCCCGCGGAGGCCACCGGGGCUGCCGCUGCCGCCGGCGCCCACCCUGCCCAGCGCGGCGUCCCUGUGCCUGGCAUGCCUCACCCUGCUCCUGGCGGCCGGCUCGGCGGCGGCGGCGGGCGGGGGGUGCCCGACCGGGGCCGGGCAGAACCCCUUGCAGGUGCUGGCCAAGGGCAACAACUGCUCGUGGACUUUAGAGCGCCACACGCGCAGCUACAACCACCUGGAGGGCGACGUGCGUCUGCGACGCCUCUACUCCGCCAACAAGUUCUUCCUCUGCAUCGACAAGUCGGGCAAGGUGGACGGCACGCGGCGCAAGAAUUACGCUGACAGCCUGAUGGAAAUCCGAUCUGUCAGUGUGGGAGUUGUCGCCAUCAAAUCUGUCAGCACUGGGCUGUACUUAGCCAUGACCAAAAAGGGCUCCCUCUUUGGAUCGCCGCGGUACAACCCCAGCUGCAAAUUCAAGGAGCGGAUCGAGGAGAACGGCUACAACACGUACGCCUCGCUGCGCUGGCGGCACGGCGGCCGACAGAUGUUCGUGUCGCUCAACGGCCGCGGAAAGCCCCGCCGGGGACACAGAGCCCGCAGGCGGCACCCCUCCACCCACUUCCUACCCAUGAUGCCUACGUAAUUGCCCCCACUUACCCGGCCCCCCCAGCCUCCGAAGUGGCUCCUCCCAUCCCUCUCAUAUUAGUGUUGUCAUCAUCAUUGCUGUUGAUACUCUUAUUAUUAUUAUUAUUAUUAUAUAUUUGUUAUGCUAUUAUGAUGUUACUGUUGUAAGCCCUCUCCCCUUGUAUGUACAUUUGUUGGGGCUUUGUGUUUGUUUGUUUGUUUGUUUUUGUUUGUUUUUAUCAUAUUAUGCUUAGUGUGGCCACAGUGGAGUUACCUUUAAGUUAUUCUCCCUCUGCCCCUGUGUAUGCCUUAGGUUUUAAAGUAAGGCUGCUAAAACAUGUAUAAAACACAGUUUACUUGUAAAUAUUAUGAUGUCCAUCCCUAUCACUCUUCUGAGUAGAAAGUCUGUUCAAGUCCAACAUGAUCUUAAAUGUAUAAGCUGGACUGGAUGUUCAAGUUGGAUUCUCUGAAGAGGCUGAUCAUCUGAUUUGAGACGGUGACUUUGGACUGCAUUUGUGGACAAUGGGAUCUUACUCUCUCCAGAUAAAAGUGGAUGGACAUACAUACAGUAUAUACUGUUUCACUCGCUUCACUACUGAGAAACUCUGGCAGAGACAGUGCAUCGGUGUGUGUGUGUGUGUGUGUGUGUGUGUGUGUGUGUGUGUGUGUGCGUGCGCGCGCGCAUGUUUGUGUGUGUGUGUGUGUGUGUUUGAGUGAAGCCGUGAUCCCUGUUAAGUGCAGACUCAUGCGAUGAGAUUCAUCUCUGAUUAGAUAACUAUGCUGGGAGUUCCUCUCGCGUUUUUAUGCCUCGGCAGGAGAUCCCUUUUUUACGCCUUUCAUGGAGCAGAGAUAGGUUUUGUUUACUGCUGGUCCAAGUGUCUGCCCCCUUCGCAAGGUGAACAAACAUAGUAAAACAAACUGGCCCCGGGGCGAGUCUGGACAAGCUCACGUCAGUGGACUCCCCUGGGUCUUAGCCCUGAUGGGCACUCGGCGCAGGUAGAAGCUCCGUGGUUGUCUGGCAACCAUCACCCUGAAAAUGGCUCUGGACUGAAAUCCCUAUGUAUCUAAUGGGGCCUUUGGUUUCUGAAGCGCAAAAAAGGAAAUGAAUUGACCCUUUCAUACUAUUUCAUGUGUAGACUGUACUUCUUACUCCCUUACACCACACUAACAUGUCUCCACCAAUCUGUUGCAAAUAGAACGUCUAAUAUAUUUAAUUAUUUCGAAACUCUGUGUUGAAAGUGAGGCUCCAUCUCUUCUCCCCUUUGUGUUUUGCUGAAGUUCAUGUCCGUUUCUUGGUCGACCGUCAUGUAUUGCCUGCCUACUCCAUCGCCUGCAAUCAAGGACGUGAUCAUGGAACACUGUUUAAUAAGCAUAUUCCUUUACUGCAGAGGAGCAUUUGUGUGUGUCUGUCUUGUUCAGC